UCAUUCGUCGGGAUCGGUUCAGGUGCUCUGUUCGACGAGUGCGCGUUCGUAGCAAAAAUUUAAUUCGAUUGUAAUUUUUCUUCAAAAAUGGCGUAAGGGAUCUGAAACCUUGGAUUUCUGCGGUCCGUGUAUCAGCCCGACCCGUUCGAUGGCUCAAAUUUCACGCUUCUUCGAGGUGAAAAGAGCAGCUUAUCAAAAACGUUAGUUCCGAGGAAUGCGUGCCGUUUGAAAUGUGAUUAUAGAAAAUGUCGCAAUAUUUAAUUUCAAACUCAACAUGGUUCUACUGCUGGCAGCAAUCUGUAUUAAUCAGGAUAAUUGGCAAAUUGUUAGCUUAUAACAAUACAUCGCAAAUUGUAUAUUAAGGGAAAAAUGUGUUAAGGCGAAUAGAUUAGUGAGUUUACAACUCUCAGCAGAUAACCUAGAAGUGCACACGCAACUGUUUCGGUAAUUAAUCGCAGCGCAGUUGGAUAUCCGCACGGAACAGCUUGGACAUCAUAUUUCGGAAAAUUUAGAGAUGUGGUAUUCUGAAUAAAUCAGAGCCAGUGAAUGACGCGAAAUUUAAACCACCAUGAUCGGAAGGUGGAUUGUACUGUUGAUUCCACUACUUGGCAACAUGCACGAAUCACUAGCGGGAAAAACCUAUAGAAACAACUACGCCAAUUACACUGACGUUGCCGAGCUGUCCAAGCAUCCUGCCGCUAGUUUGUCGCUAACUGACAUUCUUCCUCUACAUCACAAAACCUACGACAAAAACCGAGCUCCUAAGCUGCUCGGUCAACCGACGGUCGUCUACUUCCACGUGACGGUUUUGUCAAUCGAUUCGAUCAACGAAGAAUCGAUGACGUACGUUGCGGACAUCUUUUUGGCACAAAGCUGGCGCGAUCCUCGGCUGCGGCUACCGGAGAACAUGAGCGAGGAGUACCGGAUACUGGACGUGGACUGGCUGCACAGUAUCUGGCGGCCGGAUUGCUUCUUCAAGAACGCCAAGAAGGUGACGUUCCACGAGAUGAGCAUACCGAAUCACUACCUGUGGCUGUAUCACGACAAAACGCUGCUGUACAUGUCCAAGCUGACACUGGUGCUGUCCUGUGCGAUGAAGUUCGAGUCGUACCCGCACGAUACCCAGAUCUGUUCAAUGAUGAUCGAAAGUCGUAAGUACUGUUGGGAAAUCGGGUAAACCGGUGGUAAGCAUAAUGGAACAGUUUUCGUUGGUGGUUGAGUAAUAACAAUUUUCAGGUAGAACAUGCUGCACAGGGUUCAGGUAACUACAGGAUGAUGAUCAAAUACGUUUUCUCCCCUAAUUUAGAAAUGAUGAUUAUCUACUCUAUUCACAGCUGAAAUGUGAACAACCGUCGAUAGUCUCGAAAGCUGACACACAACUAAAAACAAAUUUUAAGUAUAUGCUUGUAGGUGAUCUCCAAUUCUUCCGAGUGGUAACAUCGACUGGUGUUUCUAAGCAAAUGAAUCGAAAAAUAAAUCAACGAAGUCAGGAAGAGAGACAAAGUGUAGAACGAAGAGGCAGGAAGAGAGACAAAGUGUAGAACGAAAAAAAUUAAACACGCCACAAUUUCUCGAUUAGUGGAAUAGAUUUAUCAUAUUCUGUAGAUAUGCAAUAAUAGUUUGAAAUAUAGGAUUAUUACAGUAUUAAAA